GGGUGCUGUCAAAACAAUCAACCUGCACGCGUGUGGCGAUACAAAAACCGCGUGCUACCCCAUCGAAAACAGCCUUACUCCGAUUCGUUUUACGUGAAAUCCACCACAAUGAAGCUGAUGCAAACAGAUAAAUCCGAUGCCAAGGGAAAAAAGGCAGCAAAUUUGAAAAAGAAGUUUAAACCAGUGAAGAAAGGUAAACAAAAGACGCAACCGAAAGAUUCGGACGAGUCGGAUGAUGAGGGUAUUCGGCCGCUGAAGGAAACCCGAAUCUCCGAUGAGCCGGUGCCAAGAAAGAGCAAAUGGACCAACAGACAGCGUGUGCUGGUGCUCUGUGCCCGAGGCAUCAACCACCGUGACCGGCAUCUGAUGCGAGAUUUGCGAACACUGAUGCCACACCACCGUGCCGAACCGAAGAUGGAACGCUGGAAAACACUGCAGGUGGUGAACGAGAUGAGCGAAAUGAAGCACUGCAACAAGGUGAUGCUGUUCGAGGGACGCCGCAAACGUGACCUCUACAUGUGGCUGGCCAACGCAACCGUUGGUCCUUCGGUAAAGUUUCUCGUCGAAAACAUUCACACGAUGGGCGAGAUGAAGCUGACCGGCAACUGUCUGCGUGGUUCGCGCCCGCUGCUCUCCUUCAGCGAAGAGUUUACCAAGCAACCGCACCUGCUGCUAAUCAAGGAACUGUUGGUGCAGAUUUUCGGCGUACCGAACCACCACCCCAAGAGUCAACCGUUCAUCGAUCGGGUGAUUACGUUCACCUACCUGGACAAUCGCAUCUGGUACCGCCACUUUCAGAUCCUUUCGGAGGACGGUGGGCUGACCGAGGUGGGGCCCCGGUUUGUGAUGAACCCGAUCAAAAUAUUCAGCGGUUCGUUCGGGGGCGAUCCGAUCUGGGAAAAUCCGGUCUACCAAAGCCCGGCCAAACAUCGGCAAAUGCUGCGCAAGGCGGCCAGUGAGAAGUAUCUGCAGAAAACGAAGAAAAAGGUCGACCACGAGCUGAACGUACCGAAGGACACGCACAAGCUUACGCCGUACGGUGACAUUUUCAAGGGCGGUCUGGAGGAACGGGUGAAGGAGGUGCUGAAGCAAGAAAAGCAACGGUCCAAGGAGGAACGGGAGCGGGCAAAGAUUGAAAAGCGACAGAAGCUUAUGAAACAGCGGGACGAGAUGCGGAAGCUUAAGUUGGCCAACGCGAAACAAUCGACCAAGAAGAAGCUGCCCACGAAAAAGGAAAAGAUGCAGAAGGAACGGGAAGAGUCGGAUGCGAAGGAGCAAAGGAAGGCUUUGAAAAAGGGAGCAAAGGUUCAGAAGGGUGGGAAAAAGAAGUUUGACGGAAAGCGGGGAGUCUCGGCAUAGUUUACCACGUACAAGUAACAUACACGUUUAAUAAAGGGUACACAACAGCUUCAAUGUACAAA